AUGGUCUCCAGAAUUACAAACAAGAAUAUCCUGCUUAUCGGUGGCACAUCCGGCAUCGGCUUUGCGGUCGCCAAACAAGCUCUCGCCGACGGCGCAAAUGUGACCAUCACAUCAUCCUCUGAAGAACGAGUAUCGAAAUCUGUUGAGAUUCUUCGUAAUAGCAACCCAGACAAAGCCUCGAGAGUACGCAGCUAUGUUGCCGAUCUCUCCAUAAAGGACAAAUUAGAGUCAACCAUUGAAGAGUUACUCAAAUAUGCCGCCGAAACCUCACCAAUUGACCACAUUGUCUUCACUGCUGGCAAUGUCCCUCCGAUGGUACCGCUGGCAGAGGCUUCUUUCAGCGAUUUCGACGCCUACCUCACUGUUCGAUUCUUUGGCGCGAUGGCGGUCGGGAAAUACGCGCCCAAGUACAUGGUGUCGAGCAAGAGCUCGUCGAUUACUUUGACUACGGGGACCCAAAGUAAAAAGCCGUCAAUCUGGCUUGCGCCAGCUGUCGGAGGAGCCGUGGAAGGUCUGAUGAAGGGGCUGGCUAUUACGCUGGGGCCUAUUCGUGUCAAUGCCGUUUCACCUGGCUUCAUCUUGACCGAACUCACGGACCGACUCCCCCAGGAAAUGAAGGAAGGUGCAAUCGAGAAGUACACUCAACAGUCUCUCACUAAAGAUAUUGGAUAUCCGGAAGACACGGCCGAGGCAUACUUGUACCUGAUGAAGGAUUAUUUUGUGACGGGGUCAACUGUGGCCACUAAUGGAGGAGCUUGGCUAGUUUGA